CGCCGACUGGGCGAGAGGAGGGGACGUCACCCGCGGGCGCUCUGUUCCCCGCGGGAAGCGGAAGCGGUGCGGCUGGCGGUUGUGGCGGAGGCAGAGUCUGUCGUAACAGUGCCGCUGCGCGCUCCGGUAACCUCCGCGGUGCGGCCCUCCACCGGGAUCGGGGCAAAGGAGUUGGGGCGACAGCGGUGGCGAUAGAAACAGAGCAGGAGAGCGGCUGGGGCUGGCUCCCUGGGGCUCUGAGGCGGGCGGUGGGUGUGUUCGGCCUGUGCUGACCGAUACUGCUGCGCGGUCAGAAACCUCUUCUGCAGAUCGGUGGGUAGCGUCCAGCUGUCGCUUACCGGCGAGCUGCAGGGCUGAGACUUCUGUAGUUGAGAGAAGCUGACUACUAAAGAGAAAAUGUCAUCUUUAGAAAAAGUUGAGGAUGCCUCAUCACCCAUCCGAGGACCUGGAGAUGGCAUGGAAACAGAACAGACAGGUGAAGCAGCAGAAAUAAUCACUGGAGCCAAUGCUACAAACCGUCAGAUCCACCACAGCCCACUUAAGAAGACAGUCUCCUCCCUGAGUCCUGGAGUUCUGCAGCUGGGGAAAAUCCAUGCCGAUAAAUCAGUGGAGAUUGAAGCUAUUCGUAUAGUAGUCCCCAAAGCAGCUAUCACCCAUGUUGUUCCAACUAAAAACGCUAAGGUAGCUAAAUCAGUGGGACAUAAAGGAGAUGUGUUUCAUCAGUCAGAUGGAGCCACAGAUCCCAAGAAAGAACAGACAGAGCUGAAAAAUGCAGUUGAAAAGCUAAAGAAUUCAGAAAAGCGGCUGCUGCAGGAUAAAGAAGGUCUCUCUAAUCAGCUGCGCAUACAGACAGAGGUGAAUCGGGAGCUGAAGAAAUUGCUUGUUGCUUCUGUUGGGGAUGAUCUGCAGUACCACUUUGAACGGAUGGCUCGUGAGAAAAAUCAGCUCAUCCUAGAAAAUGAGGUUCUGGGCCGGAAUUUAUCCCAGUUAUCGGAGCAAUUGGAGCGCAUGUCCAUACAGUGUGACGUGUGGAGAAGCAAAUUCCUGGCAAGCAGGGUUAUGUCUGAUGAACUAACCAACACCAGAGCAAUUCUUCAGCGUCAAACCAGGGAUGCACAAAGUGCAAUCCAGGACUUGCUGAGUGAACGCGAUCAGUUCCGUCGAGAAAUGAGUGAUACACACAAGCUCUUGGAGGAGCUGAUGGUUUCUCUUCAAUGGGGCAGACAACAGACAUACUAUCCUAGUGCCCAGCCUUACACCACAACAGAGCUGGCAGCUGUGAACUGUAAGCUAGCCAAAGCUGUGAGUUCACAUCUUCUUGGAAAUACUGGCACUAACAGUCCGAAAAAGACUUCAGCAGCUGUGGAGUUUUGCAAUACCCCUGCUGAGAAAAUGGCUGAAAUGGUGCUACAUGUACUGGAUCCAGCUGCACAUACAGAAACCUCAACUGAAGUUUCUUUUUCUGAGACCUCUCCUUCCUCCUUCCUUUCCACAAAGAAGAAUAUUGGAAGGUUUCACCCAUAUACAAGAUAUGAAGAUGUAACUUUUAACUGUUGCAAUCAUUGUCAAGGAGAGCUGAUUGCCCUUUAAAAAUACAGCCAGUGCAACUGCACAUGUACUCUUUCUGAAUAACUACACUCUUUGAUGAUCAGCAGACUUCCCAUUUUCCUAUUUCUUUCCAUAAUGGGUGUGUUUAACAUUGGAAAUUCAGUAGUUUCUGCUUCUCUACCCCUUGAAGUUAGAGACUCACAGGAUUUCCUUAGCCUCUGGGAUACUUCUGCUACUUAUUUUCUACUAUGGCCUCAAAUCCACUUUGUAGAGCACAGAGGUGCCCUUGACUAUGUAAAGUUUACAGUCUUAAUUAGAAAAUCUCAAUUAAUUUCUUCUUAGAAGGAGACAAAAGCAUAACUAUAUCAAAGUAAAGGAAGUGUCAAUAGGUUGCUUAAAAAAACAAGGCAAUGGAAAAUGGUCAUCUCCAUGCCUUCUUUUAAUCUUAGCAACAGUUAUGAACAGGUCCCAACUGUUCAGCCUCUGAAAUUUAGUAAUUAAACUGAGUAUGUGCAAUGAUUUUUCAUAGCUGUAAGUUCCAAAAGUAAGAGCAUAAGCACUGUUGCAGCCAUCCUGGCAAGAAGGGGAAAGAGCUUGAAUGAACUCUGGAUGUAAUAUGUAAAUAGUUUUCAUGGACUCUGAAAACUCUGUGGGGUGAGGUUAUUCUUGUGUUGACACAGAGCUAAAAUCUCCUUUCCUAUCUAUUUCAGCUUCUAGAAUGAAGCUGUAGCAGCUGAUUUUCAGCAGAAAGAGACUGAUAUACCUCCUUUAGUACCUAGUGUUGAAACCUGACCUAACAUUAGAACUGAGUCCUUGCCCAAGGUCUUUUUGGGUGUUGUGGGAAGCUGAAGCACUAAGUUUGCACAGAUACUAGUAAAAAAAUAGAUAUUUUUUUACUUGUAUGGUUUUGUAAUCGUGAAAAGAAUCUUAUAAAGAACUUUUAGCAGGUAAUCUGCUACAUCCAAAGAAGCCUAUUUAAGUUGCAAAUAUAAAGAAGAAAGGUAGGAGGAAGCAAAUAUGCUUCUUAUUUUUUAGUUUCACUCCUAAAGUUAUCAUAUGUAGCUGUGUAUUUUAGAGAGGGUUUGUGUAAUGGUUGCUUCUGUCCAGUUUUCCUUUGAAACAUACCAUAAACAGAAUAGGUUAAGGUCUAAAUUCUUGCUGUUGCUGGCUUUGGUUUGCAUGAAGGAACCUACAAUAAACUUUCUUUCCUUGCUUUCAA